AGGUGUGUGCAAGCACUUGCUGAUACUAUAUCAGGGUGCAUAACAAUGGCGUCAAAUAAGGUUGCCAUCGCCAAUGAACUUUUUGAAAAGGUCAAUGAACUUCUUCCAGAGGAGGAGAGACCCCUGAUUUUUGAAGCAUUAAAGAGAUACCAGUCGUCUAUGGAUUUAAAGAGGCUAAUAUCAGAUAUGAAGAUAGUACUGAAUGAGCCAACAAAAUUGGAGAUCUAUGAAUAUAUGAGACCUCUGAUACCUCCCAAACACCAAUCAGAUUAUGACAAAUUAGCACCAGCACCACCUGGCAGAAAGCUAAGGGCCAUCACUCUGAGAAAACGUGCAAACGAAAGCUUUGGAUUUGCAGUUAGAGGAGGCUUUGAACAUGGAGUAGGAGUGUUUGUGUCUCAUGUAAAUCCAGGCUCACAGGCAGAACAGAAGGGGCUUAGGGUAGGAGAUGAAAUAGUGCGGGUUAAUGGCUACACCAUAGCAGAAGCUGUCCAUGAGGAAGUGCUAAACCUAAUCAAAGGUCAAGAUGAGAUCGAGCUCAAGGUCACCAAUAUUGGGAUGUUGCCUGUAAAAGAACGAGCCACAGAUCCCCUUACCUGGUCCUAUGUAGACAAAACUCUGAAAGGUGUCAAGGGAGCUUCAGAACAUUUACUGAGAGGACGGGAGGAGAAAGCAGAAGAAGUGAAGCUGUUUGUGAAUCUGAGACAAUCCCCUUCCCUUGGUUGCAGAAUAGUAAGUGGACCAUCCAACUACAGAGGCAUAUUUGUUGAACAUGUCAACCCAGGAUCAAUGGGGGCAGAGGUGGGAAUAGAGGCAGGGGAUCAAAUUGUUAGUGUUAAUGGUACCAGCUUUCUCAACAUCUCCCACCAAGAGGCAAUUGUGGCGUUAAAGAGCAGCAAGGAACUGAAUCUUGUUAUCAGAAAAGGAGUGGGUCUUCCUCUGUUUGCUGCUGCUGGGGAGCCAAGCAAACCAAAGACCCAGGUAACAAAGGCACAGUUAGAGACCCUACCCUCAGGAAGUGGGAGUGUUCUAGAAUUGGACAACUGGACUUUAAGAGGUGCAGAAUCAGAAAUGGAAACUGAAUUGAUACUGGCAGAAUUGGCUAGACUCAGAUGGAAACAGAAGAGGAUAUCUGGUCGAUCCUUCCAGAAACAAGAAGCCGUGGAAGACACUGAUGCAGAAGACAAUGUCUGCAUUGUAGGGAAGGAAGAAAAAGAAAUUUAUGAUCAAAAUAACCAAGGACAGAAUAAAGACCCUGAAACAGUCCCUUCUAAAUCCAUGGAUUACUUAACUGUCCCAAAUCAGCAUCAAAAUAACACUUCUUCUCACCAGAAAAAGAAGUUGGACAGACAUGAUUCAUUUAAUUCUGAUUACACACCUGAGAAAGUUGAAAGCAACUCAAGUCCCUUAGACUAUCUCUCAGUUCCCUCACACCUAUUUCCAAAUGACACUCCUGCUCAACAGAGGAAAAAUUCCAGUGAUUCUCAGAGUAAUGAGGACCUGACUAGAAAUACUGAAGCAGACAUUGAAGAUACUUUUAUAGAAAUUCCUGUACCACAUUUUGAGGUUAAUUCAAACACACCUUUGGGAACUGUUAGCAAAGAAAGGGCCUCAAUGGAGGACUUAGUAAAACAGCUAACAGAAAACACAGAGGAUGAUGAAAAUGAUGCCAAUCUGGCCAAGAAGAUACAGAUGAAAAGUAAUUCAUUACAAACUAUGCAAAUAAAAAGUCAUUCAUUGAGAAGGAUAGAAAAGGAAAGAAGAGCAGGGGUUGAUGCUUUCUCUAUUGAAGACAGGAGUCCAGUUAUGAAAAGAAGAAAUUCCAACAACAACAGAAGAAAGAAAGGGAAAGAAGCAAAGGUUGUGCAGUUUGUAGAGGAUGAACCUGAGUUGAUCGAUUCUAGGAAAACAUCACUCAAACUAAAGAGCAAAGAGAUGACAUCCAUGAAAAGAGGUGAUUUAGAUACAGGAGAAGAAAAGCUUAAACUAUUGGAAGAGAUCCAGCAACUUAGGGAAGAAAAACUACACGAAACAGAAAGAAGGAAAGAGCUUGAAGACACUUUAGAGUCCAUGAAAAACUGGGAAACAACUCAAAGACUUCAAAAAGUUUUGGAUGAGAAGAAAAAGAAACAAGCCAGGGAAGCAGAAAAGCUUAGACAAGAGAUGUUUGAAAGUAACAGAAAACGGAGACAGGGCUUAGAAAAAGAACUUUUAUUAAAAGUUUCUAGAAACAGAAAAGAAAGAGAAAGAAUGAUCCGCUAUCAGAGGCAAAAGCAAGAACAAGAGGAAAUGCUGAGGGAGGGCGCCAUGAGUAACUUUGUGCAGUCUAUGUUACACAUGUGGAGGCCUCACCUUAGUCCAAAGUCAUCAGUCAUGGAACAGGAGAGUAUGGACAAUGUGGAGACAGAGAAAGGUACAAAUCUAACAGACCACAUAGAUGACCAACUGUAUUCCAGGAUCCACAAAUCCUCAUCAUCAUCAACAUUACCAUCUGACAGAAGUCAAGGAAAGACAAAACAAAGGAAAAGGAAAGACAAACUGCUGUCAAGGAAAUCUUCCUCAUUUGACCUCAGCACACAUUCUAAUGACCUUGACCUCUAUGAGAGAUCCAUUGACCUACAUCCAGACCUCAACAUUUCAUCACAAAUUGAUGAUGAUUUAUUAAAUAGCUAUGAUUUUGCUCAGUCAGGACAUCAGCCAAAUAAUGUAGUUACUACAACUGUAUGCAUCUGA